AUGGAAGAGUACGAUGUGAAGAAGUCGCAGUGCCACGUGGGCAUACUGUUCUGCAGUGAAUGCAACAAUAUGCUCUAUCCGAAGGAAGAUAAACGCAACAAAUUGUUAAAUUAUGCCUGCCGAAAUUGUGACUAUACUCAGGAGGCGGACAAUCCAUGUGUAUAUGUCAACAAGUUGGAACAAGAAGUGGACGAAUUGGCCCUAAUUGUACCGGACGUGGUGCAUGACCCAACGCUGCCCAGAACGGAAGAACACGUUUGUAGAAGGUGCGGUAAACAGGAGGCGGUAUUCUUCCAGUCACAAACACUGAAAGCAGAAGAAAAUAUGCGCCUGUAUUAUGUGUGCACCAAUGUGGAAUGCCUGCACAAAUGGACUGAGUAG